GAUGUGGCAGACCAAUCAAGCACAUGCCCUCCACAUCCUCUGCCAUUACACUGCCUCCGACAAGCGCUGGUUUCCCUCUUUAUAAAGCUGGAUUAGUACAAAAAAAAAAAAAAAGCCCUGAAAAAAAAAGUUAGAGGAGAGAGAGGGAGAGGGGAAAGAGCCCAGAAUGAAUCACUUCCCUUUUCUUUGUAGUUUGUCAGUCACAGGACUCCCCUUGUAACAACUUCAGAGCGUGACCUGUCGGAUGUUUCAGACUCUAAGCGAUUGGUUCUGGUGGGACAGGAUUUGGCUGCCGUGUAACUACACUUGGGAUGACUUGGAAAAUGAAGAAGGAACUGGGUCGGUGUCGCCGUCCCAGCUUUAUAUCACUAUCCCCCUGGCUCUGCUCUUCAUGCUCCUCAGAUUUGCCUUUGAAAGAGCCAUUGCUACACCUGUGGCCUCAGCCAUGGGGAUAAAGAGCAAACUCCGUCUAAAAGCUUCAAAUAAUCCAGUCUUUGAAAGUUUCUACAUCUCAUGCUCCAAGCACCCAUCUCAUGAAGAAAUGUAUGGCUUGGCUAAGAAAAGCAAUCGUACAUCUAUACAAGUAGAGCGCUGGUUCAGGAGAAGACGGAACCAGGACCGUCCAGCUGUUCUAAAGAAGUUCCAAGAAUCUUGUUGGCGAUUCACAUUUUACCUGUGCGCCCUGGUCGGAGGAGUUGCAGUGCUCUAUGAUAAACCCUGGUUCCAUGAUGUGUGGGAGGUGUGGGUCGGAUACCCAAAGCAGGAAGUGCUGACAUCCCAGUACUGGUACUAUGUGAUGGAGCUGAGUUUCUAUUGGGCACUUUUGUUCAGUGUGGCCUCUGAUGUCAGAAGAAAGGACUUCAAGGUUCAGGUUGUUCAUCACCUGGCUACCAUCUUCCUGCUGAACUUCUCCUGGAGUGUCAAGUAUAUUCGUGUGGGCACUCUCACUUUGCUUGUCCACGAUCUCUCUGAUAUUCUGCUUGAGGCGGCCAAAAUGUGCAGUUACGCCGAUUGGAAGAGGUCAUGCAAUGUCCUGUUUAUUAUAUUUGCAGUGGUAUUCAUUAUCAGUAGGCUGAUAAUUUUCCCUUUCUGGAUUAUAUAUGCUACUACGGUUUACCCUCUGUACUACUGUCCCAGAUUCUUCCUCUACUACUUCUUCAAUAUGCUCAUGUUUGUGCUCCAGUUCCUCCACAUAUACUGGACCUACCUUAUCUUUCGGAUGGUGAAAAAGGUGAUUUCAGGAAAUAUGUCAGGGGAUGAUCGCAGUGACAAAGAGGAAGAAGACAGUGAUGAAAAUGACGACCAUUCACUGACCAACGGGGAUGGCAAAAGGCCCAUUGAAAACGGGCAAGGUGAACACUAGCCCGCCUAACUUUCUUACAAAGUACCACUUCCCCAGACAGGCAGAAUUAUGGAAGAGUCCAGUUAUGUGUGCUGGACAUCAAAAUGGGGAGGGAGAGGAUGAACUUCUGUUGAAGAAGCUCUAUGGUCCUGAAGGUGUGCAGCCCUUUAUUUAGGGGCUGAAUGUGGGUCAUAACAGCCUUUUGUCCAUUUUUAACAUUAACUACAAAACCAGGGAAAAUCUAUAACUGAGAAGAGACAGAGAAACACUAAAUUCUCAUCACAAUAAACAUUAGGAUCCAACUACCACGGGCUUAUCUGGAAUUUCUCUGUUUCUUGUUGCACUGGCUGCUUCUGCUUCAGGAAUUGGGUUAAACAACAAAAUACAAGAAGACUGAAAUUCCCUUCUUGGAUGGAGACCAUACCAGUGCUGCCUGGGAAGGACAGUAAUUCAUUGCACUAAAAAAUGCUGGAGAAUACAGCAAGAAAUCAGAUCUGAGAAACCAUCAUAGCUCUGCUAGCCCCUUAUAGCCAAUGGACAGUUACUCUACGUACACAGGUCACAAAAAUCAUGCACACCUCUUCUGGCUAUAUGGAUACUACAUAUGGGAACACAUGCACUGUGCAGAAUUCACACACAGUAUGUCCUUUGCACCUAAAAAGGCUCAGGGUAGGCAGAGGCAGUGAGUAGAGGAGAGUGACGUGGAGACCAGCCAUGACUCCUAGCAGUGCAGGCAUCUUAUGGCUUAUGUCAUAGCAUUUCAAUUAACUCUGCUGUCCCUCAGCUCGCUAAAUAACAAGGGUAAUUGCUGGACCAGCGUUACUGUAAAAUAUAUGCAAUCCUUGGGAACAGAGCAUGGCAAAUGCAGGAAGUGUUGCUGCGCACUAACGCACCUUCUUUAACAGGUUUGUUAUGGGGACAACAAUUAACUUCAGUACAAGUAUUCCAAGUAUCAUGCAGUAACUCUAUAUAAUACUGUACUUCUCACAUUCAGAGUGCAUUGCCCACAUCCAUUCGUGGUGCCAAAUGGUCAGCAAAUGCUGAGCCCAGUGUCUGGCCUUGCUGCAAUGUUUACUAUGUAAAAACAUUCUCACACCAGGACCAUUAAUAAUUGAAGUGUGGAGCUUUUUAUUUCUUCAUUUCCUCAAGUUAUGACCUUUUUGAAGAAUAUAUUUCCAUAUAUCUUAUAAAAUAGUGUAUUAACCCUUCAGCAGGUAUAUGCACUGAGCUAGCUAAGGGCUAGGUAACCUGCAGCUGUUGGGGAACGGCAACCCCAAGCAUCCCUCUGGGAGAAAGGUUACCUGUCCCUAGCUACAAGCUCAGCUGAGAGUUUUCUUUCCCAUUCUCUUGGACCAGACUUUUUAUUUUAUUCGCCUCUGUAAACAGAUUGCGUUUAGGCUACAUGUUACACCGAGAGUGCUAUCUGCUCUGCAGUGGGCAGAAAUCACAACAUUACUACUUUUUAAUUUGAAUAAAGGUCUGGUCUGACUUUA